UUUUUUACAGGAUAUCGGUUAUUUAAACUUGUUCUGUUCCUUGUUGGAUUUCUGGUGGUAUUUUUCUUUACCUAUGUGUUGUGUCAAGAAUAUCUCACUGAGAAGCUGUCAGGAAAAUCUUAUGAAUAUGGACAUCAGGUAUAUUGACAAAUUUAUCUUGACCAGUUUUCAUACUUAUCCCGCUCAAGCAGAUCAUUGUGCAUUUAUUUUACAAUUUUUUAUCCCAGUUAUCCUCCUUGAGCCCCUGAUAUUCAGCCAAGCUCUCCAGUAAUCUCAGUCUUUUACAGAUGCAGUUGGUGAUUCCAUGAGUGCCUUUUCCGCUCUCUCUCUGUGCUUCAGUUCUGUUUUAGUGUGUGUUUGUGUGUUGUAGUUUUUCUUUUUUUUUUUUCCUGAGACUGCCCUUAGUGUUGAGGUGCUAGUCUAUCUUAGCCAGCCACCGAGUUUCAGGUCUCAAACUUGUGUAGCUGGUGGUUUUGUUUGGGCUUUAAAGUAAUGAUUGGUAGAAAUGCAAAAGAUAGAAAGAUUGAUGAACAGCCACAGGCCUAGCUUUCUAUAAACCAGGCUGAUUUUUAAAAUAAGAGUUGAGAGAACAGAAUUAAAACUGUCAUUGCAUGUUGUUGUAGGUUUGGAAUAGAAAAAAUGUAGGGAGGUAAAAAUGACCCAAAUUGGAAACAAUCAGCCAGGAGGAAAGAAACUAAUAUUAUCUAUAGGGAAAAAUGAAAAGGCACAAGGAUUGCCCUACAUAACAUUUUUCAAAAUUAUUGAAAGAGUUUAUAAUAAUAUUGUAUUUGUAAAAGUAAAGGCAUUUUGUGGAUUUUGAUCUAUGGGAGUUGUUAUUUCCUUUGUACUGGUAUUUUAAUUUUGAAUUUCAAAGAUGCUUGAGUGUUAAUAUACUUAUAGAAGUUCACUCAUUGGUAACAGUUUACUUGGGUUUACCAAUUGGUGAGUUUAAAAUCUGAUCAUCUCAUUCUUGUUGCAGAUAUUCCUUGGUAUCUCUGCUGCAGUUGGUGUUAUUGCUGGAUUGCUGACAGUUUGUAUUUCCUAUGUUGGAUUAUUUGCUCUUGGUAUGUGAUUGACCUUUUGCUUAAAACAUCUUAUUGCGAUCUUGUUUUUGAUGUUUAUAAAUGUGUUUAAAUAUAUUCUGCUCUCAAAUGUUCCGGUGGAACCAUGGGAUGGUUUGUAGGCCUGGCAUUUCUCCCUCUUCUCUACAAGCAUUCAGAAUACCUGUCUGAACACAACUGGCUGCCUUACGUCAUUCUCUGUGCAUUUGCCAUCGCAGGAGGAAUUCUUAUUCUCUGUAUACAGAAGGUAACCUUUGUUCUGAGAUAUUAAGGUAGCUAAAUAUUUCCAAGUUCUCCAGGUUAUGUUUUAUUUUAGACAGUUAAUGUAGCAGAGGUAAUUAAAGUAACUGUGGGAUCCCAUGUAAACUUAAUUUGUCAGAGCAAUGGUCUGUUAUAUGUAAAAUCACCACUGCACAAAGGUUUGAAGAUCACCCUGUAUUGUAUGUGCCUCACUCCACCCACGAGCAUACAUAGAUAGCAGGCAACUGACAGGGGAACCUGAUGAAAUGUUAAGGAAGGGGGGGUUACCCUGCAAUGAAGCAGCAUCCCAUCUAGAGGUAGUAAUAAUACUCCUGGUCACUCCAUGCAACAGAAACCAGGAUAAGGUCGGGUCUGACAAGCCCUUUAGCUCAACUGCUGACUCCACCUUUCAUGUGCUAUUCUUGAUGGGUAUGGGUCACCCUGUUGACCAAGUUGGUCCCUGAAUUUGCAUUUUAAAUAACAUUUUUCCUUCCAUAAAGAAACAGGUUAGAUCCUUUUGUAUUCAAGAACCAUGAAUGAGAUAUUGACCAAUCAAUUAUGAUUAUUAUUGUGGUUUUUAAGUUAAUAAUUGUCAUCUCUACAUCCUUCUCUGAAGCCUUUUGGUGUGUCAAUGGUAUUGAUUACUAUGUGGAAAAUGGCAGAGUGCUGUACUACUCAGUCAGUGUUUUGUAUGGUAAGUGAAGAGUUAACCCUUUCACUCCCAAGAUCUGAUUGUUAAUUCUCCCCUCUAGCUGCUACAUAUUUCCUCAUAAAUUGGUUACGAGAAUUUGGUGUUUGAUCAAGGUAACAUCUUGUACCUGAUGAGUUUGAGUAUUCUCACUACCCGUUUACUGAACAAUGCAUGGAUAUUAUAGGGAGAACUGACAUGUUCAUCCCUUCUGGGAGUUCAAGGAUUUAUAUGAGUGUAAAUUAUGAGAGGUUUUUUUUUUUUUUUCGUGCACCUUCUCCAAGUUCCUGGUCAUAUUGCAUAGUACACAGCACAUUAAUUUCUGAUUGAAGUAGAAGAUGAAAAAGUGGUCCUUUCCUAGCACUGCCUACUAUACAGGGGUUUGUAAGAAUUAACUCUUAGGGAAUAAAGCCCAAAUAACAGAUAUUUUGAGUGGCUAUUUUUACAAGGAUGUCUCCAUGAAUUGAACUCUUUGAUCGUACCAUAUAAUAACUGAUUUCCAGGUCAAGAUCAUUUUGAAGAAAUUUCAUGAAAGGCUUUUCAGAAGCUUUUUCAUUGAGUUUUCUUCUAUCAUAACACAGUGUGGGACAUGCAUCUUGGGUAGAGAAGGAGAAAAAAAUUGUAUUUGCAGAAAUGUGUAAAUACAAAGAAUUUCUCCUUGUGUUCAUGAUACUGAUAAUCAACUUUUCCAGUGUUCUGUUGUUUCAUUUCAUGCUGAGCUUGUCCUUUAUUUUGUAGGUCAUUACACAAAGUCUGCCUUGCCUCACUGCUGGUAUACCUGGGUGGUGUUAGGUCCUAUCCCAGUCAUGUUCAUUGCUGGCUUGGUGGUGCAAUUUUGUAAGACUGCAAAGAACAGUGAUCAUAGAGAAGGUAAGAAUGGCUGA